UGUUCAGAAGCAGGAUGAUCUAUAUAUCUACCAUGGAGAGACAUCAGCAAACCUGGGGCAAAGAAAAGACCAUUGUCUGCAAGGCAUGAUCCCUCCAGCUUCAGCAUCACACGAGACAAGACUGAAGCACGUCUGCAAAGCAGGUAUGAGCAGACUCCUCAAGAAACAGACUGCAAUGGCAUGGGAAAAGCUCCAGGCUUCUUAGUUCAGAAAAUAUUUUAUAAGCUGCUUCCUCCCUGUUCAUGCAUUUUCUACAGAUUUGGUUCUUACCGCCAUGCUAUGCAGACCUUUAUUAUUUAUCUCACAGCCAUAAAAGACAAGGGAACAGAAGAGUUCCCAACCUCAGUGACAUGCCUCCCAUCACAACCUCAAACAUGGAGUGCCUUUUCAGAAGAAGGAGAGUGCUAAAAACCUGCUUAACCUUGUCGCUACUAUUUGCCACCCUGGUCACCAUACAUAAACUGAAACUAGUCGAGGAAGGAACAAAGGGACGCCUGGCAUUCCAUACUAGAAUAAUGAAUGAGUGGUUGCAACCAGACAAUAGUUCCUCCAGGAGGAACAGCAAAGGAACCACUAGCAAUUCUGCUGCUGCUGCUGCUGCUGGUGAUACCUCAGUAGGGUUGAGUCUGCCUCCACGAAGGUGGGACAUUAAUGAGAGUAGAUGUCCUGAGAACACUGGUCUAAGAAGACAACCUUGGUUCAAACAUGUGGAUCCUAGAUUCCAUCAGUUUAUUUUGCAUCGGCAUUGCAGGUAUUUCCCAUUGUUGCUUAACCACCCUGAGAAAUGUCAGGGAGAUGUCCACCUGCUCAUAGUGGUGAAGUCCAUCAUUGAGCAACAUGAUAGGAGAGAAGCUGUGAGGAGGACAUGGGGCAAAGAGAAAGAAGUAGAUGGCAAGAAAAUCAAAACUCUGUUCCUUCUUGGAACUACAUCCAUAGGUAAAGAUCACAGGAACCUCCAGAGACUCAUUGAGCAGGAGAACCAGAUUUAUGGGGACAUUCUACAAUGGGAUUUCAUGGACACUUUCUUUAACUUGACUCUUAAAGAGGUGAACUUCCUAAAAUGGUUUCACAUAUAUUGUCCAAAUGUUGAGUUUAUUUUCAAAGGUGAUGAUGAUAUUUUUGUGAAUACUGAAAAUAUAUUAGAUUUCUUAGCCUUCAAAAAGGAAGACCCUCUGCUGCCAAGCUUAUUUGUAGGAGAUAUUAUAUCCAGAGCAGUUCCGAUUAGGAAUAAACAAAGUAAAUAUUAUAUCCCCAAAGAGUUGUAUGACAAACCCUAUCCAGUGUACGCUGGUGGAGGUGGCUUCCUAAUGGCUUCCGCUCUAGCCAGAAGACUGUUUAUAGUUUCGGAGAACAUCCAGUUGUUUCCCAUUGAUGAUGUGUUUUUGGGAAUGUGCCUUAAGGCCAUAGGUGUGGAGCCCAAGUUGCAUCCAGGAUUUAGAACAUUUGGAAUCAGCAAAAAGAGAUCAAGUGCAAUGAACAGUGACCCUUGUUUCUAUAAGAGCUUGUUGGUGGUCCACAAGUUAAGCUCAGAAGAUCUCCUUAAAAUGUGGAAUGUUGUCCAUGAUGAAAAAAUUGUCUGUGGUAAAAGGGUUAAUAUUUACAGGUGAUAUGAUUGGCCUAGAGGGGGAAACAAAUAUGAUUUUAUUUUCAUAUAAAUUGUUUACAUUUCUCUAAAUUAAUG